UUGAGGGUCAAGGGAGGUACCACGCCUUCGCGCCCUAGAAGAGUGUGAGAGGGAGAGAGUGAGGGAGAAAGAGGGAGAGACAGUGCGUGCGUGUAACAGAGUGAAAGAGAGAGAGAGACAAGAAAGAAAACAACACACUCAAAUCAGGAAUCAUGACUGACGAGAAGAAAGUCAAGAAGAAGAAGAAGAAGGAGGAGGAACCGGCGCCUGCUGCUGCACCUCCGAAGGACCCUACUCCUCCUCCUGAGCCUGAACCACCUGCACCUGCACCCACGCCCGCUUCUUCUAAACCGUCCUCGAGAAAGACCUCCUCCCGGCGCGCCAAGAAGACUGGAUCCAAUGUGUUCGAUAUGUUCACGCAGUUCCAGGUGGCGGAGUUCAAGGAGGGCUUUCAGAUGAUGGACAAGGACAAAGACGGUAUCCUGGGCAAGUCUGAUCUGCGGCAGGUAUUCGACCAAGUGGGACGGAUUUCAACAGACAAAGACUUGGACGACAUGCUUAACGAGUCUCCUGGGCCGAUCAACUUCACCAUGUUGCUGCAGAUGUUUGCCGAACGUAACAGUGGCACGUCAGAUGAGGACACCGUAGUGGCAGCAGCCUUCAACGCCUUCAGCAACGACGGCUGGAUUGACGGAGACAUGUUCCGCCACGCACUGAUGACGUGGGGCGACAAGUAUUCGGCGCAGGAGGUGGACGAUGCCUUCGACAAUUUCGAAAUGGAUGACCGAGGCUUCAUCGACACAGCGGCGGUGAUUGAGAUGCUGACGGGCAAGAGUGAUAUGGAGGGGGAGGCGCAGGCUUGAGCUGAAGAAGACUGCCUCGUUUUCUUUGUCGAGUGGCAUCCCGUUUUCUUCGUCGCCCCUCGUUUUCUCCUCUCCCUCCCUACCCCUCUCCCCUCCUCCAACCUCACCUCCGAUCAUGGCUCCCUCAAACCACCCCUUCCUUCCCCUCCCUCCUUCUUUCCUUCCUUCCUUCCUUCCUUCCUCCCUCCCCUAUCUCACCUUACCUCUCCUUAGCCCCCCCUAAUCUCCCUUCCUCCCUCCCCUAUACCCUUCCAUAGCCCUUACUUGGCAGCUUCACACACACACACACACACACACACACACACACACACACACACACACACACACACACACACACACACGAAUUUCCUUUUAACGUACACGGGUUUCAUAACUUCAUAGAUCCUUAAUGUUUACACGUGUUGAGUCCAAUAUAUACACACCUAUAAAUAUACAAGUACCUCCUUCAAACAGUUUACACGGGAUCAUGGUACACAUACACGGCUACCCUAAAAUUUUGUACACCCUCCUCUCUUACACACUGAGGUUUAUAACACGCACCUUUUAAGACAGCGUUGCGGUGUCAUAGCAGGCAGUCAAUGUCUUACUUGUUCCUGCAGCGACGCAAUGCUACACUUCUUCGGAGGUUCAAUUUGGUCAUCCUUUCCCAGCAGCCUCAUUACGGCAACACAACCCUCGUGAACCUGUCGAAUAAAAAGAAAAGAAAAUUA